AUGCCGAAGACCGCGGCAAAUGGAGCGAUUCCGGACGCCCCCAUUCCGCUGAACGAGACGGAGCGAUUGGGAGCCAUCGUCCGUAGUCGCAUCAUGGAGCUGGAAGACGCCUCCGAACUAGAUUUGCUAUGCUCCCUUGCCGCUACUCAGCUGGACUGCAAGUUUAGCAUCGUGACCGUGGUCACCGCCGAGCACAUGACGGUAUUGGGCUCGAACCUGGAGGAGUUGCGACGCGUAGAGCUUCCACGCGAACACUCGUUCUGUCAGCACACGGUGAUGACGUCGAAGCCGCUGUUGGUGCCCCACCCGGAGGCCGACAUACGAUUCCAGAACAUCAACGGCCGAACUGCUUUCGAUGUACGAUUCUACUGCGGCUUUCCGAUCGUAGGAGAGGAUAACCGCACAGUCAUCGGAUCGUUCUGCUGCAUGGAUCAGAAGACCCACGACUUGACGCAAUCGCAGUAUUCGGCCAUGAAGAAGUUGGCUUCCGCUGCAGGCCGGGUGGUGCGCUCCAAGGCGUGUCAACUUGAUGAGUAA